UCACAUCUCUAGCAACCUGCUAACUGAACGACGAAUUGCCGCAUCUUUGAGUGUAACUUAAGUGUUUUCAUGGAUUUCUUUACAGCCAAAGAAGAUAUUUGUCCACCGACUGUAAAAAAAGAUGUAGAUGUCGACCUUCGUCUUUGGUUGUUUCCGUUGCAUAUACACAGUUAGCUUGAGUGCCAGCUAGUACGAGCUAGGACUGGCUACGCUUCGUUGGCUCCCUUGUUUACCAUAGCUCGAGCUAAUGUUAGCUAACAUCGUUACAGUAAAACACUGACUGUUUAUAACUUGUUUUCAUUUUGCAAGCUAAAAGUUGCCUGUGUUUGUGUUCUCAUAGUGCGCAGACUGGCUCUUUGCAUUGCACCGCAUUGCUUGUCAUCAUCACAGUAUGUCUGUUUAGCGUUAGCUUACAAGAUAGUGUUGAUACCGCAGCUUUAUUUAGAUAUGCAGAAACUGUGCAGAGACGGUAUUUAAUCACAAGGAGAUGGCGCUAUGAUACCAAAUUGCUGCGACAGUUGGCUAUUGUGAUUGCCUUAUUAGCAUGGCAGCAUCUGAUGGCAGUUCAUAGAUGCCAGGGCAGAGGAGUGCACUGUGAUAGCCACAUUGUCUCUCAGCUGUCUCUGGAGGAGAAACCACAGAAUAAAACAGCAGUGUCAGUCGUCGACAUUAAAACAUCAUCACUGAAACAAAGGAGAAUGGAGUCUGUGAGGAGUGCUUUCCACACGCAACUGGCCACCGUCAUGGACUCACUGCUGGCAGCCGCCGUGUGCGAGAUCGCCAAGAUCUUUGAGAGCAGCCUGUGUGAGCAGCAGGCGGAGCUAGCGCAGAAAACCGAGGAGAUCUCCGUCCUCCGGGGCAAGCUGGAGAAAGUGGAGAGGAGGCAGAAGGCAAAGGGUGGAGGGAGCGAGGAAGGAGACAUGUCAUCAGGAGACAGAGAGGGGAGCAUGAGGCAGCAGACCCUGGCAGGACCAGGACUGAAUGUGGGAAAGAAUGUGUCUUCUCAUUCAGACCCAGCAGAAAGACUUAGCCAGAGCAUCAGCGCGCUGAAAGAAGAGGUCACAGGCCAGGAUGGAGCUUUAGUAAAACAUGAGCGUGCUGGAUCACGACCUACCCUGGGGUCAGUGGCUGUCCAAGUCCCAGAGGGAAGCCUUACAGCAGGGGACCAGAGGCAGAUAGAUAACCCUCUGUCUGCCACACAAGCCAAGGCCAAAUUAUCUCAUUGGGAUCAGAGCAGUCGCAGUGCAGACCACAGAUCCCUUCCGGAUCAAGCAUCUGCCCCUUUUCUCUCCAUCUCCCAGAGCGGACGUUGCUCCCCCAGGCCUGACCCCAGCUUAGCUCAACCAGGUGAGUGGUUACCGGGGCUGGAUGCCACCCGAGGUGGGGUGUCCGGUCUGGAGAACCUGCAGGCAGAUGGCACCAGCUGCUCUGGUCCAGCUAGCAGCGGCACUGGCACAGACGCACCCUGCUUCCGACCGGGUUUUGGUUCUGACGAGACCAGCAACGAAGAUGAUGAUAGCUCUUUCCCUUUCCUGGACCAGGAGCCUGAGAACCACAACUCCAAUCAGAACUCGGUGCAGGGCCAGAGCGUGGGGCAGAGGGCGGCUCGACAGGUUCAACCUCAAGCCUCCUCUGGUGAAUCACCAUGGAGACCCAGAGACGACAGGGUUGGGAGAGGCCCCGUCAAUCACACACGGCGUGUCACAACAUUCGGCAACAGAGACCCUCUGCGACCACAGUCCAAUUCACAGUCACUCACGCUACGACACACAAACACUCUCAGCCACCCUCCAGCUCCUGGCGGAGGGAACGGACGACCUUACACCUGCCCGUACUGUACCAAGUGUUUUACCUACCCCUCCCACCAGCGCAGACACCUGUUACGCCACACAGGAGUCAGACUGCACCCCUGCCAGUUUUGUGACAAGAGUUUCCUUACUCCCUCUGAGCUUACUGUGCACACUCGCACACACACAGGGGAGCGGCCUUUUGGCUGCGCUCAGUGUGGUAAACGUUUUGCUCGCAGCGGGAACUUGAGAGCCCACCAGCGGGACGUUCACAUGGGGAAGAGGCCCUUUGCUUGCACAGAGUGUGGGAAGAGAUUUGCCCACAGGGGGAACCUGAGGGUGCACAAUCACAGGGUCCACCAAGGAGAUCCCUACUACAUGGAUGAUCAGCAGGAGCCGGACAUAGGCCCAAAUCCCAUUUAAAAAGAUUUUGAAAAAGAUGGCGCUGCACUUUAAUUUUGUUCACAAAACAGAUUUUAAGAAUUUUGGGAUAGCCUGGGAUAGCCCACCUAAAGUUAUGACUGAACACUUAAAACCCUUGGAAAGUAUUUAAGUUUUUUUGUUGAUGUGGGGUAACCAUAAGAUUAACCACCAAAUUUUAUCAUUUGUAUUCAAUGAUAUACAGGAUGAAGGUACAUUUUGUGUGUCUUAAUUUUCAGUUAUGAUUUAAUGUCAGAAUUAUGGGUUGCACUAACAGGGAGAGCUUUGUAUUUAACUGUGCUGUAAGUUACUGGAUAUAAUCAUCAUUGGAUAAAAAAUAUUGGCUGUUGUUGUAACGUAACUUUUCUCCAGGAUGACACCACGAACAAUCUGAGCACCUUUUUAGUACUUGAAGUGAAAGUACCACAAAUUCAUGUUUUUCAUAAAGCCAAUAAAGGAAGUCUGGUUGGUUUUAGAUUUAGACAUGUGGCAUGCAGAGGUAGGAUAGCACGUCUCUUCCUUCAAAAUUGUUCUUAUGUACUGCCCAUCUCUUCAAGCUUUUAAUUUGAAAGUGUUGUUAAAAUGGAAAUGUGUUAUUGCAGCGAGUACAUUACUGUGUUGUUGAAGAAGAACUGUGCUUUAAUUUUUCAUCCUGUUUUUGCAAAGUAAAAUUAAAUAAUAUACUCAUGUACAAUGUAUUUCUCCUCCUCAGCCUGAAAAUGUCAUGCACUGUUCAGUGCAAUCUAAUAUCGUUGCACCGUUCUUUGUCAGACACCAGAGGGCAGUGUCAACAUGUGAAAGAUAUGUAGAAAUGUUUUUGGACAUCAUCACAAAUAGAUUUUUGAUAAAAGUGUUGCAAGUCAGCAUGUUUUACAAUGUGCCCUAUUUUUGCAGAUCCCCUGAUGUAUGCACUUGUGUCAUCAUGUCAUGUCUGUCCUGGUCAUACAAACAUGUGCUUAUAAGGCAGAAUCAAAACGUGAGUAUUUGA